AUGGCUCAGAUCCCAGGUAUGACCUUGGACGCAGCCAAAACCGCACUCGAUGACCAAUUCCAACGCGACAUCAACACCGAUAUUAAGUACAACAAAUGCAUCUGGUGCAAAUCGGGCCAAGUCAAGAAGAAAAACCACGCUCUCAUCGACUGCCAUAACGCCCGUCCCCCGCUCGACAAUCGUACUCCACUCUCAAAUGAUGUAUUCAACGCCGGUCAACAAGACGCCGCAAUUGCGUACAUUCAUUAUGCUCAGCUUAGGCAGCAUCCUCGAGCUAAUGGAGCUACGACUUUCAUGGCGGGACUGCCGCCCGCGCAGAUGGGGUCGUAUGUCGUGCCAGUGCCCGCUACACUUGCAGCUCCCCUUGCUCCUGUACCGGUUGCCUCUGCUCCUGUCCUUGCCCCUGUUCCAGUAACAAGCACGUCUACUCAACCGCCUGUGGCAAACGCCUCUCCACCCACGUCUGUGGUAUUUACCCCUCCUCCAUCCACUCAGACAACAGGCGCAGCCCAAAGCUCGGGGGUUGGUGAGGACAUAGUGGAUCCCACCUCCAGUACCUCGACCCAGGCCGGCAGUCCGUCAGCUGUUCUUACCGUGCCGAUUCAAGACUCUCCAGGCGUUUCAUGGACUCCUGUCAAUUAUGAGCUAGCGGAGAAAGCGCCAAAAGAGACCGCGUAUUCUGCAGGAAACAAAUAUGAUCCGGGCAGCAAUAGUCUCGCACGCCUCAGCGGCCUGAAGGGCAAGAUGAAGCACCCUGUCCGAGAUGCCUUCCGAGACGACAAGAAGAACAGCGUGCUCACAAAUCAUUUCGAAGUUGACAUCGAUACAAAUGCCAAAUUCUAUGAGUAUCGCAUCACUGGUAUUCCCGACAACGAAAAACGUGCCACCAGGAGACGAAUUAUGAAGACUGUCAUGGAGAAUGUCCCGUUUCUGAAGAACAACCAAGACUCCUUUGCGACGAACUACGUUGAUACUAUCAUCGCAUGGAAAGACAUACACAGUCUCGUCACAACGCCAAAGAUCGCCUCCCACGACCCCAAUGCGCCCCAUACGAAGGAUGAGUGGCGCAUAUUGGAAGUCGUUGAUCGUAAUGUCACACUGAGCUUGAACAUCCGUUUCAUGGGAUUAGUGGACAUCGCAGCCUUCCAAAGCUACAUAGCUAGCAGUCAUCCAGACCCGCCAGCAUACGACCCAGAACCAGUGAAGAAUGCCCUCAACAUCAUUUUCGCGAAGUGUUUCGACAAUGUCGGCGAAACGUUGCAACUCAAUGGGCAUAAGUUCUUCGUAUCGCAUGCACUGAACGAUUUGAAGGCAAACAAAGAUAUCGAAUAUCCACUCCGAGCUCUUAGAGGCUACUACUACACCAUAAAGGCCGGUAUGGGCAAGAUACUGUUAAACGUCAACCCGGCGAAUAGCGCAUUCUGGAACCCAUACGUGGUUAGCGAAAUCCUCUUACGUGGUCUUGCGACCUUUGGAAGUGAUGCCUAUGCGCUCAAAGGCUUACAGGUCUAUAUCACCUACAAUCGAGGUCGAGGUGAUAAGGCCCAAGCAUCAGACAUCAAUGCUGGCUACAAUCGUACCAAGAAGAUUCGGGCAUUCGGGAAACGCAUUGAUAAGCAGCGUUUCGUUCUCCACGAAAAGGACGCGCAAGGUAAUCUGACCGGUAACUCGAAAAGUGUUACGGUCGCCGAUUAUCUGGAACAAACUUAUCACAUGAAGUUGAAACACAAGGACCUACUUGCAGUUGAUCUGAGCUCAACCGGUGAGCCGUCGUGGUUCGCUCCGGAACACCUCGUCAUUCCCGUCGAUCAGAUAUGGGCCAGGAUUAUUCCAGAUGCCGUCGCCAAUCAGUUCCACAAGCUGGCUUGUCUGUCGCCUCGUCAAAACCGAGCUCGGAUAGAGUAUGAAGGUCUCGCACAGCUCGCGCGUGACGUCAGUGCUCUUCCUCCGGAUAGCGACCAUCAUGUGCAGCUUGCACCCCUGAUCAAAUGUCCAUUGAUUAAGAUCAACCCAACUAUGCUGCAAAUUCCGGCGGCUCGGCUGCCAUACGCAAGCAUCAAAUACGGGAACAACAACUCGGCAAAGUGGAAAAACGGCAGAUGGAAUCUCGAACAGCAGAAGUUCGUCCGCGGCUCUCGUAACGGCAUCAAAUGGAAGCUGUUGCUAGCACCAAAAGUCACCGAUGAGGCUUCAAACAAGUUCAUGGAGCAUUUCAAGCAGCAGUUGAUAGCAACGGGUGUCUGCCCCGCAAACACGGCUACCCAUAUCGAUCCCAACGCUCUGAGGUUGAACGCCGUGACCGAGGUUGAAUUGCGCAACAAGCUCCAAGGACUCUACGAGGAUAAGCAGAAGGCUGGCGUCCCAGACAUUGUGGUCUUGAUGCUUCCCAGCAAGGAUCAACAAGUCUACUCCCACUUCAAGUACCUUGCCGACAAGAUCUUUUGCUUUCAGGCGAUAUGUGCGACAGAGCAGAAUUUCGAGCCCAAGCCCAAGGACGGUGGCUGGAACAACAAUAAAUCCAUGGAGCAGUACAUGGCAAAUGUCGCGAUGAAAGCUAAUCUCAAGGUGCAAGGCAUCAACCACAAUGUUGUGGGAGUGAACCAAUGGUUCGAAAACACGUUAGUGCUUGGAGCGGACAUCACGCAUCCAGGAAGUGGUGCGAUCGAGACCUGUCCUUCGAUUGCAGCAGUUGUUGGUUCCGUCGAAAGCAACGCUGGAAGGUUUCGUGGAGUGCUGCAUCUGCAGGACAAUGUCGACAUGAUUGAACACUUCGAGGCUGCCGUUAAAGACCUACUCAAUACUUGGUGGGACGAACACCAGGAGUUCCCAAAGAACGUCCUUUACUACCGCGACGGCGUCUCUAAAUCUCAAUACGCUGAGCUCGAAACUACAGAGAUACCUGCCAUUCAGAGAGCCUUCACGAAUUACGCUGCCGAAUAUGAUGUACCAGCGCCGUCCUUCAAUCUGACUACGGUCAUCGUCACCAAGCGUCACAACACCCGUCUCUUCCCAGUACGCGCAGCUGAUGCCAUGUACAAGAAUGAAAAUUGUUAUCCCGGCACACUGGUCGACAGCGCGAUCACGGAUCCCUACUUCAGCGACUUCUUCCUCCAGACACACAACGCGAUCAAGGGCACCGCACGUCCUUGUCACUACUAUGUGUUGAACAACGGCAUGAAUCUUUCUAUGAAAGAACUUCAGGACUUCACUCAUCGCCUCUGUCACACCUACGUCCGCGCGACUAUGGGUGUAUCCUACGCGCCGCCAGCCUACUAUGCAGACAGGCUGUGCGAGCGAGGUCGCUGCUACAUGCGCCCCUGGUACAAUCCCACCACCGACACAAAGAAGCAAUGGGGCAAACUCAAGCGUCAGAUCGAAGACGACGUCAAAGCUGAGCGAGACAAGACGAACAAGAAAGCGAAUCGUCCGCAGCGCACGCGAGGUCACAAGAAGACCGCCGAAGAGGUCAAGGAACAAGAUGCCGACCAGGAGGAAGUGAGGAAGCGCUUGAACAAGAAGUUGAAAGAGAAGUACGAGGACCGUUUCAACAAAGAGUGCAUCGGUGGUGAGGACAGGGCCCGGGAGUUCCUUGAUACAAUGUACUGGAUGUGA